AUGUCUGUGGGUGGCCCAUCUGGGUGGCCAGCACUGCUCUUCCUGCUUUUGGCUAUGGUGUUGUCAUUUUUCUGCUCAGCCAAAUCCAUAGAUGAUGAACGGGAUGAACUGUUAAAGAGAGAGGCAAUGGUACGACUUGGUGGGCAACUGGUGCUGAAGAAAGAAGAGGAAGAUGUCAAUGGGAAGCUCAUGGCCCUCAAAAGGGCUGAGAUAAUGGAGGCCAUGAAGACCCAGAAGUUCCCACCCAGCAUGCACUUUUUCCAGGCCAAGAAACUCAUUGAGAAAAGUGAGGUAUUCCAUGUCCUGAAGAAGAUGCCAAAAGGGGCUGCCUUACACCUCCAUGACUUUGGCAUCCUGGAUAUGGACUGGCUGGUGAAAAAUGUCACCUAUAGGCCUUACUGCCAUAUGUGUAUUACUCCAAGGGGGACUCUGCGGUUCAAAUUUGCUCUCCCAAUUUCCCCUGCCCCUAAGAAGGAAGAUUGUUCAAAGUGGAUUUUGCUGGAAAACUAUAGAAAAGAGCUGCAGAACGUUACUGAGUUUGACAAUGGCCUGCUGAAGACUUUUACUCUGGUGACUGAGAACCCUGAGGUGACUUAUGCAGACCAAGAUGACAUAUGGACAAAGUUUGAAACCAUUUUCUUCACAAUCUCUGGCCUUGUCCAUUAUGCGCCAGUGUUCAGAGACUACAUCAUCAGGGGCCUUGAGGAGUUCUACCUGGACAAUGUGAUCUACCUGGAGCUCAGAGCCAUGCUGCAUCCAGUGUACGAACUGAAUGGGAAGACCCAUGACAAAGAGUGGUGUGUGAAAACGUACAAGGAAGUGGCUGACCAGUUUGCAAAGGAUCAUCCUGAGUUUAUUGGACUCAAAAUCAUUUAUUCAGAUCACAGAUCCAAGGAUGCAUCUUUCAUCAAAAAAUCUGUCAGAACAGCCAUGGCACUUCGAAACCGUUUUCCCAAGACAGUGGCAGGAUUUGACUUGGUGGGGCGUGAGGAUACUGGCCACACCUUGUACGACUACAAAGAUGCUUUGCUGAUUCCAUCCUUGGAAUAUGUUAAUCUACCGUACUUUUUACAUGCUGGAGAGACAGACUGGAAAGGUACUUCCAUAGACAAUAAUCUUCUGGAUGCCCUGAUAAUGAACUCCACCAGGAUCGGACAUGGUUUUGCUUUGAACAAACACCCAGCCAUCAUGGAAGAUUUACGGAAAAAGGACAUCCCUAUAGAAGUUUGUCCCAUUUCCAACCAGGUUCUGAAGCUGGUGUCUGACCUGAGAAACCACCCUGCAGUUUCUCUCAUGGCAAUCGGGCAACCCAUGGUGAUCAGUUCUGAUGAUCCAGGCUUCUUUGGUGCCAAAGGCUUGACCUAUGAUUUUUAUGAGGGCUUUAUGGGCUUAGGGGGAAUGGAUGCUGACCUGAGGACACUCAAACAGCUGGCCUUUAAUUCUAUCAAGUACAGCGCCAUGAUGCCUGCUGAGAAAGAGGCUGCCAUGAAGACCUGGGAGAAGAUAUGGGAUAAGUUUAUAGUUGACCAGGCCAGGAAGUGA